AUGUCACAGCCACCAAUACCUAUUAGACCCCCUUCCCUGGCUGCCUGUGCACCCCUGACGCUCUGUUCCCCCCCCUGGCUGCCCCUGGUGCUGCCCUCCCUCCCUGCCCUGCUCCCCUCCUGCUGCUCCCUCUGCUGCCCUGCCCCCCCUGCUCCUGCUCUCUCUUUCAUCCUGCCUGCCAUCUGCUGUGCUGACUCUGCCCUUCCUGCCUCUGCUGCCCUCUGCUCCCUCCUCUGCCCUGCUCCUUGCCCCUGCCUCUCCCCUGCUGCCUGCUUGCUCUUGUCUGCCCUGCUGCUUGCACUUGUCCUCCUGACCAUGCCACUGACCGGCCCUGCCCCUCCUGCCCCCCCCCCUGCCCUGCCCCUUUGCCCCCCCCUGCAUGUCCUGCUUGCUGCCCUUGUCCUGCCCUCCCCCCCUCCUCUGCUGCCCCCCACCCUACCUUCCCGCUGCCUGCCUGAUCCCUGUCCUGCCUGUCUGCUCCCUGUCCUGUGCUUGCUGCCUCUCCUGCCUGCCUGA